CUCAGCAGUGAGCACCGUCCUCCGCAUUGUGACUGGGCAGGCGGCCGGCCUGUUCCGAGCUGCUCCUUCGGAUCAUCGCUUCGAAGCGCCAAAGCAAGAGUUGCGAUCCUCAGCCUCUGACUCGGUGGACUUGCGCUUGGCCUCCAAGCCAAAGUGCUGCUGCGAUGCUGCGGCCCCUCUCUGUUGCAUAGCCACGCCAAUGGCGGCUGCAAUUGCCAGAGCCGCAGGCAUCCUGCCAGCGAAUGGGGCCGCCCGGGCGGGGAUCGAGGGGAGCCGCUAUGAUGGCGGCAAUUGCGCGGCGCUUCAGUGCAGACUGGGUGUUCCUGGUCUACCAUCUGCAGAGCUCAGGAUUGAUAACACGCAAAGUCCUGGAGUCAGGCAGGAAGUAAUCAAGCAAAAAAAGGCCCAGGCUUCAGAAAGAGUAAGGCGGAGGCAACGUACCGCAAUCAUUGCGGCCAGCGGUGGUGCUUCCGUCCCAAUUCAGGGGGGUGGCGAUGGGGGCAUUGCGGGGGGUGGCGGGAGAGGUAAUGGUGGGGGGAGAGGCGGGGAUAGAAGCGAUGGCAGUGAGUCGGCCGAUGGUCCAAAAUCUUCCAAUCCGCUCUCUGUGAUCCUAGAAGGAUGGAAGGAGCGUGUGGAAGCGGACCCCUCCUUCCCAUUCAAAGUCCUCACCGAGCAGGUUAUUGGCGUGUCUGCUUCCGUGCUCGGUGACAUGGCGGGCCGGCCUAACUUCGGCCUUUCCGAGCUCGAUUUCGUGUUCUCAACCAUGAUCGUUGGAUCCAUCCUCAAUUUCUCGCUGAUGUACCUUUUGGCGCCGACGCUCGCGACGGCGGGGGCCACUACUUUGCCCUGGAUCUUCCACAAUUGUCCGCCUGGGCACAUGUUUGAGCCGGGCGGCUUCAAUCUGCUGCAAAGGAGCGGGACGUUCGUUUUCAAGGGCAUCCAGUUCGCUGCCAUCGGUUUCGCUGCGGGUUUGGUUGGGACAGGGAUGACAAACCUGCUGCUGAAGCUGCGAAAGAAGAUGGAUCCUGACUAUGAUGGCAACUCGCCACCCCCCCUCGUGCUCAAUGCUGCCACGUGGGCCCUCCACAUGGGUCUGUCAAGUAACCUGCGGUACCAGGCUCUCAACGGGCUCGAGUUCCUCUUGGCCCCAAAGAUGAAUCCAAGCAUCUUCAAGACUGGCGUCUUCCUUUUGCGCACGCUCAAUAACGUUGGAGGAGGCGCUUCUUUCUCCAUCCUAGCGAAAAUGACAGGGUCCCAAAAAGCAAGAGAGCGGUAGGUAGAGCUCGACCUGUAGUUCGAGGAAUCUUCAGACGUUUGGUGAAACAGCGAGCCUGCCCUGUGUUUGAAAUAAGGUCGUGAGGUUUAUUGAUUACGUCACAGGUUCUUGCCUGGCCAUUGAUGGGCCUCAACCAUCAACGUCGAUUGGUGGUUGCCACAUGCAAAUUCAAGGUUAUGCCGCGUGGUUGACUAGAGGGAUAGCAGCCCAUUCCGUAGUGCACCGGUGCGCACGGGCGGCCCAGAUUUUCCUCUCUUCGACUGUGGUACAGGUCAUGACUACAAUUAAGCGCAUCAU